GGGGUGGAUCUUACUGCCCCGCUCACAUGACUGGAACAUUCGCUGUAUGACACGCGCAUUUAUCGCUGCUAAAGACAGAAGAAAGCAUUGAUCUUUAAACAUUAUCAGACUCAUUCAUACAUCAGAUCAACAUGAGCAUCAGACACACAUUUACUGCAGCUCUCUGCUUAACCCUGAUGGGUUGUUUGGUUGUAACACACGCAGUCACACUGGAGGUGAAGGAGGGAAACUUCACGUGCAUUAAAGCUCAACUCGAUGCCAACUUCAGCAUCACCUACAACAUCACCAACGGCACGAACACAGUCGUGCUCGUGCUGCCGGACUCGGCGUCCACAAACGGCAGCGCAUGUGGCAAUGUUUCAUCACGACUGGUGGCGUCGUUCGGUGACGGUCACGUGAUGUCCAUCGUGUUCUCCAGUGACCAGCGGCUCUACAGGGUGGAAAAUCUGAGCUUACAAUACAACCUGAGUGACAGGAACACCUUCCCACAAUCCACCAGCACAAAUGUGGUUUCCCUGGAGACAAACUCUUCGGGAAUAUCGGCGAGGAUGAACAGCACAUACAGAUGUCUGAGCUCCAGCACCAUCCGUCUGAACGCCGCCGUCUCCGUCAUCUUCUCUAAUGUACGCAUGGAGGCGUUUAUGUCAGGAGGAAACAUCAGCACGGAUGAGUCUGUCUGCAGCGCUGAUCAAACGGUGACAACUGCUGCCCCACCCAAAACAACAACUGCUCCCCCAUCUCCAGUUCCCCCGGGCAUCCCAGAGCGAGGCAACUACACCGUCACCAAUGGCAACAAGACCUGUCUGCUGGCUUUAAUGGGACUACAGCUCAAUAUCACCUACUUAUCCAAAUCUCAAAACAAGACCGUCACUGAAGUCAGGAACCUGCAGCCCAAUAAGACGUCAUCAUCAGGGUCAUGUGGGGUCACAGUCAGCACACUGAAGCUGACCGAAGAUCUUCAAAUGACAAACCUGAACUUCACCUUCACAUUGAACUCGACUACACAGAAGUUUUAUUUGAGCGCUCUCAGCGUGUCCGCCAGCUGGCCUGACAUGAAAGAGACGUUCUCAGCGGUCAACACUUCUCUGGAGUAUCUGCAGGGCAGCGCCGGUCGAUCUUAUAUGUGCAGUUCUGAGCAGACGUUCGCUGUCGUGCCCACAUUCUCACUUAACACCUUCAGACUUCAACUUCAACCCUUUAACGUUACUGGAAACCAGUUUGCUGCAGCUGAAGAGUGUCGUCUGGAUCAGGAGAAUAUGCUGAUACCCAUCAUUGUUGGAGCGGCUCUGGCAGGUCUGGUGCUCAUCGUUCUCAUUGCGUAUCUGAUCGGUAGGAAGAGAACUCGUGCUGGAUAUCAGACCAUUUAAACUCCCAUCACUCCCAGUUCAUUACACUUCAUCUAUUCCCAUCAGACAGACCACAAACACACAAACAGACUCACUGGUGUGUGUGUGUGCGCAUGUGUGUGUGAACUGAAAUGUUCAGUCUGUUUUUGUACUCAAAGUGUUUCUUCCCUGCGAGAGGUCAUACGCUGUGGUCAAUAAUAUUUGUUUAAGUUUUUAAUCUGCUUGAUUUGUUUUUAAUGCUCUGAUCUCAGGGCUGCUGUUCUUAUUCUUCUGUGAUCUGUUUGUGUUUGUAAAUAAUUGUUUUAGUUAUAGAGAACUUUUAAAUGAUUCACCAUUUAAAAUCAACCUAAACCACUUAGCAAAAAAAAAUACACACAGGUGUGUGUGUGUGUGUGUGCGUGCGAGCGAGUGUGUGAGUAAAUGACUGACUUGAUGUUAAUAAUUAAUUCAAUAAUUUCUUCAUCUGUCUUUAAUCAAGAAUCGCUUUGGUAAAUUACCCAUAAUUCCACACACACAUGCAUGAUCAGCAGUUCAGUCUUGGGGCCUCAUUUAUAAAGUGUGUGUACGCAAAAAUCCACUGCAAAGUCCAUAUGUAUAAAAAUGUUGUGUUUGACGUGGAAAAGCGCUUAGCACCACGUCAGGGUCUGAACAGACGAACGCACUUUUGCUUGUCCGAUUGCUGCAGGUUUUUGUAAAUAUAAGUCUGUCUUGAUGCUCGUAAAGGAUUUAAACAUUGACAGGUGCUCUUUUUUAUGUCAAUAACAUUAAUUAAGCAUCAUUUUAAUUUAAAGAUUUGAAACUAUUUAGCUGCGCACAAUUUCCAGAUUGAUUUAUAGAUUUCACAUCUCUACAUGUGUUUUCUGUGCGCACGUUCAGAUUAUAAAUCACACGUAUGCACUUUUGAGAAAUGAUCAUAAGAUCAAAUUUUGGAUGUUUUCUACGCAGCAUUUUAUAAACGAAGCCCCUCUGGAUUGGGAAAGUCUUGUUGUCAUGUAGUGUUGGUGUGGCUGUAAUGUUUGUUCACCUUUAGUAAAAAGGGAUUAUUGUAUUAGUUUGUGUAUGAGAUCAUCUGACUCCACCCACUUUAUAAAUGAAUUCAGUUUAAUACAGUGGAGAGUUUUAGUGUCAUUUCAUUCAUAUUUCAUCUGUUACAGAUCUUAAAACGGUAUCUAUAAACUCUGUGUCAUGUUUAAAAUGAACAUCUGUGGCGUUAUCACUAACAAAAUGAUGUCAUGUUUUAUGAUGAUGUCACAUCACGCGUGCAUGUGACUAAACGCAGUCAUUUAGUGUGAAUAUUUCAGAUUCAUCACAGAUAUAAAAGCAGCAGUUUAUUACUGAAGCAACUCAUAUUUAUGUUAAAAACUCAAAUGCUGUUUGAAUCUUCAGUGAAAGAUCUACAGAAGAACAUCGACUGCUCGUCUGAUCUUUUAUUUUUCUAGAGAACGCUUCAUUAUUUUUUUAUGUAUCAGGUGUGAGGUUAAUAAAUAAUGACUUGCUCUCA